CUAUCCAAGACAAAACAUCUUGCUAACUAGUGCCAGUUUUAUAUAUCUCUAGAUUCUCAUAGUAAUUAAAGGUGGUAGUUAGUCAAAACCCAAAAUCCUUUUCCCAUCAUCAUCGAUAUAAAUACCGCACAGACCAAUCAUUCCCUCCACUACGGUGACCGAAAACAACCCAAAAAAUUAUUUCGAGAUGGAAUCAAAAUAUUGCCAGUAUUUGCAGAACCCACUCCAAACUCUCAUUUUCUUUUCUUUCCUCUCCAUCUUACAUUCAAGAUGCCGGCGUUUGCAAGAUCAGUUACUCCUUUCUUCCAGACCGCACGAUCGGCGCUGCGUCAAGGUAAUGCUGUCAGUCCUUUGCAGCAUGCUUUGAGAAGACAAAAUGGAGCCGCUGUGAUCAAUGCUGCUCGUUCAUAUGCUACCGCUUUCGAGCGCUCGAAACCCCAUGUUAAUAUUGGUAUGCUUUCUGUCUGCUUUGAUGCUGGGUCUUUGCUAAUGUUCGAUAGGUACAAUUGGUCACGUCGAUCAUGGAAAGGUAUAUUUUUGUCCAUGUCGAUGACCCCGCGUAGGCAAACAAAUGCUAAUGGAUCAUGAAUGCAUAGACUACUUUAACGGCCGCCAUUACCAAGAGACAGGCAGAGAAGGGGUUGGCUAAUUUCCUCGAUUACGGUGCCAUUGACAAGGCUCCUGAAGAGCGAAAGCGUGGUAUCACCAUCUCCACUGCCCAUAUCGAAUAUGCUACCGAAGCUCGCCACUACUCCCACGUCGAUUGUCCCGGUCACGCAGAUUACAUUAAGAACAUGAUUACUGGAGCUGCCAACAUGGACGGAGCCGUCAUUGUCGUUGCUGCUUCCGAUGGACAAAUGCCUCAAACCCGUGAGCAUCUUUUGCUCGCCCGUCAAGUCGGUGUUCAAAAAAUUGUCGUUUUCGUCAACAAGGUCGAUGCUCUCGAGGACCCUGAGAUGUUGGAGUUGGUCGAGAUGGAGAUGCGUGAUCUCCUCACCACAUAUGGAUUCGAAGGAGAGGAGACACCUAUCAUUCUUGGCUCCGCCCUUUGCGCACUCGAGGGCCGCAGACCGGAACUUGGAACGGAGAAAAUCGAUGAAUUGAUGAAUGCAGUUGAUACCUGGAUCCCAACCCCACAACGUGAUCUCGACAAGCCUUUCCUCAUGUCCGUCGAAGAUGUUUUCUCCAUUCCUGGUCGUGGAACCGUCGCCUCCGGUCGUGUCGAGCGCGGUAUCCUCAAGAAGGAUUCAGAGGUCGAAAUUGUCGGAAAGGGAGACCAAAUUAUCAAGACCAAGGUUACUGAUAUCGAGACCUUCAAGAAGUCCUGCGACGAAUCCCGUGCAGGAGACAACUCAGGCCUUUUGCUCCGUGGUAUCAAGCGUGAAGAUGUCCGACGUGGAAUGAUUAUUUCCGCCCCAGGAACCACCAAAGCACACACCAAAUUCCUCGUCUCCAUGUAUGUCCUCACCAAGGAAGAAGGAGGACGCCACACUGGAUUCCACCAAAACUACCGCCCACAAAUCUUCAUCCGAACCGCCGACGAAGCCGCUGCUCUCCACUGGCCCGAGGGAACCGAAGACGCCGACUCCAAAAUGGUCAUGCCAGGUGACAACGUCGAGAUGCAAUGCGAGAUUGAGAAGCCCUGCGCCAUGGAAGUCGGUCAACGUUUCAACAUCCGUGAGGGAGGAAGAACCGUCGCCACUGGUUUGGUUACCAGAAUUAUCAAGUAAAUUAAUUCCAAAUCAAAAUCAUCUAAUCAAUUCCAAUAUCUACAGUAGAAAAGAAAACAAACCAGAAUGGAUCGGAUGCUAUGACAUGUAACGUGUAUGAAAUGGGUGGCGUGGCGUGAAGGUAAAGGAAAAUUACACUGCAACGCAUUGAAUAAAAAGGACAGACAAUGCAAAGCAAUACAAUGGAAAAGAAAGGCAAAAGACAAUCAAAUAAAUUGAAUUGUGGAUGGAAAAACUAGGAUGAAAGAGAAAGGAAAGAAAGAAAGAUGACAGAAAUGAAUCUCUCAUUCAACCAUUCAUUUAUUCAUUCGUUCAUUACAUUCAUUGUUUGUAUACCUACCUAGGUAGUAUUUGAACGAUCAACGAUCAACGAUGAACGAUGAAAGAUGAAAGUUGAAAGUCGAGAAAGUUGCAAAAAACAGGAGUUCGUCUAUUCAAAUCGACAUCACACUUUGUAAAUUUAUAGCCCCUUUCUUUUUCUUUUUUUUUUGUAGAUUACAGCAGUAGCUACCUAGCUAGUUGGAUGGCUCUUUAGCAGCGGAAAAAUGAAAGAUAGAACUCCUCUCAUUUUGAUCUUGGUGAUGAU